CCCUCGGACAUCCUCAUCGAACCCGAUGGUUCUGUUCGUGGCGGGACCGUUCCUGCUCUGGUAGAACGAUUGACCGCUCAUGAGCAAGCAGACACGACGUUCACCAAGGCGUUCCUCAUGACAUACAAGUCUUUCACAACGCUCAAUGGAUUGUUUGACACCUUGGUUGACCGUUUCCGCAUUCAACCCCCAGAAAAUCUGACACCUGCUGAAUAUGAGGAAUGGGGCAAGUUGAAGCAACAUGUCAUUCAAAUGCGGUACAUGUUCCCUGAUUUGCUUCGAUAUGACCCCUCAUCAUUUUCUCGCAGAGUCAUCAAUACGCUCAAAUCGAUGGUUGUCGAUGACGAUGUUCUUGAUAAAGAAGAUGCCUAUAUCCUCGAUCGAAUGAAAGAAUUCAUAUCGUCAGAGGAGGUAUCGCGCUUCGCUGCUGCAAAGCAACUAAUGAACACCAUUGAGAGAGCAGUUCGUGACGGCGUGAAAACCUUAGUGAACACAAGUUUAGGCCCACCGCCUGCACCAAUUUAUCCGAAGACAAACAAGAAGUUGAAACUUCUCGACAUCGAUCCCUUGGAACUAGCGAGGCAAUUGACCAUCAUGGAAAGUCUGCUUUAUCAGAAAAUAAAGCCAAUGGAAUGCCUUCAGCGUUCUCGCGAACAGAAGACCGAACAUGUAGAUAAUAUCACCACGAAAAUAAUUCACUUCUUUUAUCAGAUUGCAUGCUGGGUUGCUGAUGCCGUUCUCAGCAAAGAAGAUGCUCGGAAGCGAGCGCAAGUCGUGAAGCAUCUCAUCAGUGUGGCAGACCGAUGUCGAACAUUAAACAACUUCUCAAGUAUGAUCGCCAUUACCUCAGGCCUCAAUACGCCUCCUAUUCGGCGCCUGAAAAGGACAUGGGAACAAGUUAACCCGCGAUUUAUGGCACAAUUUGGUGCUUGCGAAAUGACAAUAGACAGUAAUAAGAACUUUACCAAGUAUCGCCAACUGAUGGCGUCGGUAACUCCGCCAUGUGUUCCGUUUAUUGGUGUCUUCCUCUCGACGCUGCAAUUCAUUCAAGACGGGAAUCCAGACAAUUUGCCCGGUGGGCUCGUCAAUUUCCGUAAACGACAAAAAGCUUCGGAGGUCAUCAGUGACAUCAAACGUUGGCAGGCCCAGCCAUUCAACUUUCAUCACCUUCAAACCGUCCUUGCUUACAUCGAAGAAUGUUUGGCUUCCUACAAUGAUACAAAAGCUUUGAGUGAACAUUUCUGGGCCCGCAGCUUGGAGAGAGAGCCUAGGGAGCGAGAGGACGAGAAAAUGGCUCGGCUGCUACAGGAAAGUGGCUUCCUGUGA